AUGUAUCUAAAAUGCAGAUGGCAUAUGCGUAUCGUUUCCAUGGCUAGUGGGAAAUGGAAGCAACCAAAGAAUGUUCCUAAAUGUUUGUUGUUUCAUCUCAAGACAUUUGUGUGGAAGUGCUACUGCGAAUCACUAGUAGAAGACGAUAAAGAAGUGCUGAAAUACAUUCUAAGGAACGCAAACCAUUUAAAGAGAGCAAAUUUCUCCUCAAAAGGCAUUGACUUCUGUUGA